AUGAUUAUGAUUACAAUGAUAUUUCUUUGUUUUGGAACAGUUAAACAUGUAUCUUCGAUUCAUUGUUAUGAAUGUGUCGAACCGGGUGGUUACUGUCCUUUACCAUUGAAUCUUGAUCCUGGUGAUGAAAGCAAUGAAAAUAAUAUUGCAACUUCGGAAUACGAUAAUGAGUAUGCUUGUAUGAGUGAUCAUUUGUUGCAAGUAUUAACUGAAAAAGAAACAAUAAUUUUACGUGGAGAAAAAAAUUGCCAAGAAUUAGAUGAGCCUAAUCAUCGUGUUUAUUGCUGUUUUACAGAUUAUUGCAAUAAAGUAUUACCACCGAUGAUAUCACAAUCAUUAGCAGAUAUGCUGCCAUUUGAUGAAUCACUUGAAUCAAAUAGUCAACAUUAUGUAUCAUCUACAAUAUUGAUUGUUUUGAAUAUUAUUAUUUUUUCAUUAUUUUUCUUACAUUAA